CGUAUUUUCGUUGAGGAUUUUGAUUUUUGUCUUUGUGCACGAAUUUCCCGCCAAAAUCGCUCAAUUUCCCGCCAACUUUUCCUCUUUGUCAUUUUUUUUUCUGCUUUCUCCAUCACUGCUGCUUCCCUGCCUGCCGUGUUCAAGUCUCAUCCCUGCUAGCUGACAACAUUCUGUCAUGGAUUCUACACCGAUGGAACCCGCGUCGACCAAGCGCAGAAUGGCCGAGAUCGACGAUGCUGGCUCAAGCGAUGCCUGCUGUGGCAACGCCGACCACACGCACACUCACGCGUCCCAAGACGGCUCGAGCAACGAGACGAGCAUGAACAAGAAGGUCCGCAUCGAGUACGAGACGAGCACUGACGAUGCCGCGCCAACCCCGAUGGACACGACGCCAUCCACAGUGACGGACGCGCCUGCUCCUCCGCGCAAGUCUGCGUUUGCAGCCAGCUUUGCGCGUACGCAGUUCACGCCUGCACCGCCGUCGAGCUCUUCCACGGCUGCACCCGCGACUGCAGCCCCGCCGCCGGUCGCGGCCAAAACGUCGGCCUUUGCAAGCGCAAAGCGUGCGCCGUUGCCUGCCGCUGCUGCCUCUACUUCUGCUGCCGCAGGUGCUGCUACAGGCUCAGCCAACAAGCCACCGGCACUUGCGCACAAGGGAUCGUCCUCAACGGGUGGCGGCUCGUUCGAGAGCGAGUUGGCUGCGUUCGAUGAGGAGGAAUUCGCCGAGAAUCGCGUUGAGAACAUUGAGAACGUGUACGUUGAUCCGACGCAGCUCAACAGCGCUGCGCUCUCCGAGGCUGUCACGAUUGGUGGCGGUGGUGGUGGUGGCAGCGGUGCCUGGCUACGUCGCCCCGUGCCGUCGCUCUCGCCAGCGACCGAUGCGCUGAUUUUCCAGCAGCUCGAGAUUGACACGUACAUGGGCGAGCAUCUUGCCGGCAUGCCUGGUGCUGACGCGAGCAGGGUGCCCAUCCUGCGCAUGUACGGCGUCACCGAGGCGGGCAACAGCGUCAUGUGCCACGUCCAUGGCUUCUUGCCGUACUUUUACGCACCUGCCGCUGGCUUGACGGAAGACCUGCUGCCUGGCUUUAUGCGCGUCCUGAAUCAAAACCUGCAACAGCAGCAACGCGUGGCGCGCGACAACCUGAGCGAAGUGGUGCUGUCUGUCGAGCUCGUCAUGAAGGAGUCCAUCAUGUACUUUCACAACAAUCGCAAGCUCCCUUUUGUGCGCAUCACCCUUGCUCUGCCGACCUAUGUGACGGCCGCUCGCAAAAUCCUCGAGCGCGGCCUGGACGUUCCGAAUCUUGGCUUCCGCGCCUUUGAGACGUACGAAACCAACAUUGAGUAUGUCCUGCGCUUCAUGAUUGACACCAAGGUGACGGGUUGCUCGUGGAUUGAGCUCCCUGCUGGCAAGUGGCAGCUUCGCACGCAUCAGGGCUCGGAAGAAAACCACGAUGCGUUCGGCAAGAAGGGCAAAGGCAGCAGCCUCUUUUCAAACACCUAUGGUGACAGCGCUGGUGGCUCUGGCAAGACUGGCCUGGCUGCGGCGGUGGCUGGGGCGCUGGCCGUGUCGCGCACGUCGCAUUGUCAGAUCGAGGUCGACGUCGCGUGGGACGCCUUCAUCUCGCACGGGGCGGAAGGCGAGUGGUCCAAGAUUGCACCCAUCCGCAUUCUGAGCUUUGACAUUGAGUGCGCGGGUCGCAAGGGCAUCUUCCCCGAGCCUGAGGUGGAUCCCGUCAUCCAGAUUGCAAACAUGGUCUCCAUCAACGGCGACAACUCCAAGCCGUUCGUCCGCAACGUCUUUACGCUCGGCACGUGCGCAAACAUUGUGGGCUCGGACGUCAUUGCGUGUGCCACCGAGCACGAGCUGCUGCGCAAGUGGGCAGACUUUUUCCGCGUUGUCGACGCAGACAUUGUGACUGGCUACAACGUGAUCAACUUUGAUUUGGGCUAUCUUCUCAACCGCGCCGCAACGCUCAAAGUCGCCUCGUUUCCGUUCCUGGGGCGCAUCCGUGGCGUGAAGACGACCGUUCGAUUUGCCACUUUUUCGUCCAAGGCGUACGGCACGCGCGAGAACAAGGUCAUCACCAUGGAAGGACGCUGCCCGUUCGAUGUCCUGCAAAUCCUGCAGCGCGACUACAAGCUGCGCUCGUACACGCUGAAUGCCGUUUCGGCGCUCUUCCUUGGCGAGCAAAAGGAAGACGUGCACUACUCGCACAUUUCCGAGCUGCAGAACGGCAAUGAGCAGACGCGCCGCCGCCUGGCCGUGUACUGCUUGAAGGACGCCUACCUGCCGCUCCGCCUGCUCGGCAAGCUCAUGUGUGUUGUCAAUUACAUGGAGAUGGCUCGUGUCACGGGAGUGCCGUUCAGCUACCUCCUCUCGCGCGGCCAGCAAAUCAAGGUCGUGUCGCAGCUCUUCCGCAAGGUUCGCGAGCAAAAUCUCGUCAUCCCGUUCGUCGAAUCGGGUGGCAGUGGCGACACCCAGUACGAGGGUGCCACGGUCAUUGAGCCAAAUCGCGGCUACUAUGAAAACCCCAUUGCCACGCUCGAUUUCGCCUCGCUGUACCCAUCCAUCAUGAUGGCCCACAACCUGUGCUACACCACGCUCGUCAACCCUGGCAUGAGCAACCGCCCAAGCGAGGCCGACUGCACCAAGACGCCCACGGGCCACAUUUUCGUCAAGCCCAACUUGCGUCGCGGCGUGCUGCCCGAGAUUUUGGAAGACUUGCUGGAGGCACGCAAGCGCGCCAAAAACGACCUCAAGAAGGAAACGGACAAGUUCAAGCGCGCCGUGCUCGACGGCCGUCAGCUCGCCCUCAAGAUCAGCGCAAACUCUGUCUAUGGCUUUACUGGUGCGACGGUCGGCAAGCUGCCCUGCCUCGAGAUUUCGUCGUCGGUCACCGGCUUUGGUCGCGACAUGAUCAAGCAAACGCAGGAAGCCGUGGAAAAGCAGUACACCAUCGCGAAUGGCUACCAGCAUGAUGCGCGCGUCAUCUACGGUGAUACCGACUCUGUCAUGGUGGAGUUUGGUGUGCCAGACACGCACACGGCCAUGAAACUGGGCACGGAAGCCGCGGCGCUGAUCUCGGCGCAAUUCAUCAAGCCCAUCAAGCUCGAGUUUGAAAAGGUGUACUUCCCGUACCUGCUCAUCAACAAGAAGCGAUACGCUGGCCUCUACUGGACCAACCCGGACAAGUACGACAAGAUGGACACGAAAGGUAUCGAGACGGUUCGCCGCGACAACUGCCCGCUCGUCAAAAACCUGAUUGGCACCUGCCUCCAAAAGCUGCUGAUUGAGCGCGACAAGGAAGGCGCCGUCCAGUUUGCCAAAGACACCAUCUCGGAUUUGCUCUGCAACCGCAUCGACAUCUCGCAGCUGGUCAUCACGAAGGCUUUGAGCAAGACCGCCGACGACGACGACGACGGUGAGGGCGACGGCGGCAAAAAGUCUGGCGGUGGCGGCGCUGGCAAAAAGAAGGCGUAUGCCGUCAAGCAGGCACACGCGGAACUCGCCGAGCGCAUGCGCAAACGCGAUGCCGGCUCUGCGCCCACGCUCGGCGACCGUGUUCCUUACGUGAUUAUUCGCGCUGCCAAGAACGCGCGUGCGUACGAAAAGAGCGAGGAUCCGCUGUACGUGCUCGAGCACAAUCUGCCCCUUGACACUGCCUACUACCUGGAAAACCAGCUGUCAAAGCCUCUGCUGCGUAUCUUUGAGCCCAUUCUCGGAAGCCGGGCGCAAACCUUGCUCGACGGCGACCACACCCGCACGAUCGCCGUUGCCACUCCGACCACCGGUGGAUUGAGCAAAUUCACUGUUCGCAGCAUUCGCUGUGUUGGUUGCAAAGUGCCCUUGGCGCGGAAUGAGGACGCCGUGUGCAGCAAUUGCAAACCACGCGAAGCACAACUGUUUCAACAAGAGAUUGCGGGCCUGCAUGCGCUCGAGAUGAAAUUCUCACGCCUUUGGACCGAGUGUCAACGAUGCCAGGGUAGUCUCCACGAAGAGGUUAUUUGCACCAGUUGCGAUUGCCCUAUUUUCUACAUGCGCCGAAAAGUGCAAAAGGACUUGAGCGAUCAACACGAGAUCGUGCGGCGAUUUGACUCGUGGUGAAGCGCGCAUUUUCAAAAAUAAUUGUGUUGAUUUUGUUUUUCUCUUUUGGACAAUGAUUACACAAAUUAAAAGCGUUUAGUGUUGAA